AUGAGAGACAGUAUCACCGCUGUCGUUACCACUCACGAUCUCCUUCCUGGCGGGAAGUAUAUUUUGACGGUUCGAGGAAACGUGACAGUUCGGGAUAAAUUCGACCAGCCGCUUCAAGCUUCCACGCUUGCUUUCCGCAUGGACAGGCUCCAGCCUACUGCUCAGUUGGUUCUGCCGAGACAGUCUCGUGUGUGGUUCAUCGACGACCCCUAUCUACGACGUCAACUUAGAGAGCGAAACGAACUUCAAUUGGGCACUGCCGUGCAGUUUGGUGACUACCGACAGCUGGCCGGAACCACAUCGUCAACCGAAGACACAGAGACACGACAAGUCAUCACUAGUGAUUUCGGGGCUUGCCUGUUAAGUAAUCCGGAGGCUUGCCUGACUGCUCUUUUCGACGACGUCAUAACCGAGCGACAGACGAAAGGCAGCCGCAAUGGGGACCAGGUCCCCGCUUCCACGCCGUUUCCAGAUCCGCGUCUUGUGUAUUCAUAUGGAGACCAAGAUUCACCGGAAACUGCGGGUUUCAGCACCCCCCUUAUUCAGCCGCUGCUUUUCCAGAGGUUCACAACUACGUCCCUCUUUUUAGUGACUGUAAAAAGUAAAGAGCCGUUUCAGCCGUACAUGUCGACAUCACAUUUCCUGUGGGGAGUUUCUCGAUUUCUAGCUCGGUACACUCCCACAGUAAUGCCUGAGGAAGAACAAAAUCCAGCGUUACUUGUUCAAGCCCUUGAUCUGGAAACGGCCUAUCCCUUGAAUCGCUCGAAAGUCUACGUCUACGGUAAAUCGCGAGGGGCGCCUGUCGUUGCCCUUGGCACAGGCAUUACUGAUGUGCGGGGAUUCGCUCUGGUUCCUGUUUCGAGACCCACAGCGACAAUGAGACUGAUCUUAGUCGUAGCGCCGGAUGGUUAUGGUCCGCCCUUCGUGAGCGAGGUGUUUGGAGUACCUGAUGUCUGGAUCGUGAAAAAAAACACCGAGUCAGUAAUCAAACAGGGCAGUUCCCCGCCAUACUCGGUACUGCGGCUGCAUAAUGGGGGUGUUGUCCGGCAAAAAGACCUGUCUUUCGUUUUGCUGAGCGACCGGGGUACCUAUCGCCCAGGAGAGUCCAUCCAGCUGUACGGGUUCUUGUCUCUUAUGCGCGACGUCGGCGGGAGCGGAUCAAAGGCGACUACUCUUGUUCAUCAAGCAUUUGGAUUGAAGCCAGCAGAUGUGAAAAUAUGGCUGCAAUUGACGUGGCGUACUAAAGAAGGACGAGGCGGUGCCCCGUUCCGUGUGAACCAUGGAAAGGCAGGAGAUGAGUUGUUUGAAGGGGGCGCUUCUGGGGACAGUGAAACAGAAGAGUCACCAGGAGCGGGUGCCUCAAGAGGCGAAGCUAGCACCGGCGGUAUCGCGGUGUGCUCUAACAUUGUGACUGGGCUUGACGAAUUCGGUAGUUUUGUGGCGGCGGUGGAAGUCCCUACCGAUGUCGAGCAUAAUCAGCCAGCCGUUAUUGAUGUGGGCGUAUUCGAGAGAGGAAGGCUGAAACAGGAAAAUGCCAUUGUGGACGAUGCGUGCAUGAAGCGCAGUAAACGCAUAUUGCGGAAGGAGAUUCUGAUUGAGCCCACCAUCAUAUCGAUGCCAAAUAUUGUUGUUUCCGCGCCACGGCGUACAAGCGUGUUCCUUACUGAUGUUACGGUGCCGCCGUUCGUACGUUGUGAUGACCAGCUACUCGUUAAAGGGCUGGUGAAAAACCACGAUGGAGUGCAGCUCAACGGCCAGCAGGUGCGGCUCCGUUUCACAUUCGAGGUGCCGGCAUUUCUACGCAUGCGGCUAGGGAGCCGUGCUGGCUGGUGGACUGUCAAGACCGAACAGAAGCACACGUUGAUCUCGGUUGUUUCACGCGCGACAGGGCGCGUUCGCAUUGAGGCCGCAGCGUGGACUCGAUCAUCGGGGAGCUUUGCCGUUAGUUUGGACCUUUCUAAACUGCUCUGGGUGGCUGAAAACCGAGCGCCGUGCCCACUUCACCUUGCCCAAGGCACUCCGAUCGAGGUGGAGGUCGAGUGCCAGGGGCUUAGGAUGGAACUCCGAGCUCCUUUCAAGGAGGUAACCACUGUGGCUAACACACCGCUGAGCAUUGGCGCGUUCGAAACCUCCAUAACCCCUAUUCUUCCAGGUGUGCCGUUUGUGGUGACUACUCGAGUCGUGCCUCGCCCACGCGUGAAGGCAGCGGAGAGCAUUCAGCGAAGUGUUGUUUUAGAGGUCUUCCGAAUCGAUCCCCAGUCGCCACUGCCUGUACCAGAGGGUAUGUCGUGGGAAGAGAGAAUGAUGAACCCCGGGCUGGCAAGCUGUCCAGUCGGAUAUCUCCCCUUGGCGGCGGAUGGAACUGUGGAAGUGAAGGAGCUCGCGAAACAGCCAGCGGCCACGCUCGUGCAACGGUGCGACGGCAUGAGGGACUGCUACGUUAAAUUGCCAGUUGAUGCUGCUCAAUACCUUUUCAUCGCCACUCUCACGACUGAUCAGGCAACCGGCAGGGAGACGCAUUGCGAGUUUUUCCAAGCUAAUCAUCGAACCCUGGCUUCCCAGCAUAUCACAUUGAAGGUCCGCACUCACAGGGACGCGUACACAAUAGGCGACACGGUUCGCCUGCGCUUUUUCAACCCGUUCAACGAGGGAUCAUCUAUUCGACCGACGCGACCUCGGGACGCAGCAGCAGGUUCAGAGGACAACACUGAGUUAUCUGAGGACGGAGGUAUUGUUGAGGCUAACGUUUCGAUCGUAUGGAAUACCCCAUCGCUUCAUCGUCAUUCCAGAAUGGUCCCGUUCCACAGGAUGGAUGCCGUCGAAAUAUCGGCAGGGCGCGUUCCCAAGGACUGCCCGGCUUCUUGCAGCUUCAUGCUCUUCAUCACUAUGCCCAUGUCUUCACAGCCGCUGCCUCUCAUGCAACUCGACCUUAGCGAUAACGCCCUUUAUCCGAGCAGUAUAAUUUCACAGAAUCCGAUUGCUCACAAGCAUGGCCCUUUCUACGUGAAGCAAGAGGUCAAAGUGGUAGUAACGCAUCCGCUUCGACAACUCCAGAUUCCGAAAAACGCCAUUACUCUGCGCGUACUUGAUUCCCGCGGAGAGCCAGCGAAGACGUUCGACAAGAAAGAACGCGUAACGGUACAGCUACUGGUGCACAAAGGCAGGCUCGCGAUCAGUAUGCAGGCAAAAUCACGCGGGCAAGACCGGGCCAGCAGGUCCAGCAGGCGACAGGGGAGGAGCAUCUCAAUACGGUCCGUGAGGCGCACGUCGGCGAGUGUUGCCUCGGCGCGAGACUUCGGAAUUGAUGGUGAGUCCUCGAAACCUCUGAUUGACAACGUCGAGGAAGAAGAAGUGAUCGAUCUCGACGAAUGGCCGUUUACAUUACAAGGCCAUGUUCUUCUAACAGUGGUCGACAAACGCUUCCUAGACAUUCGUGCUGUACCCCUUGUUCCACUGGCUGACAAACUACAAAAGGCGGCAGCCGCGGAGCAACAGCGUGGGCCUGGAUUUGUCACACGUGUAUGGAACUCGUCCCUUGAUCGAGCAUGCAGCUACGAGGGUUUCCAGUUCAUCAAUCAGGUUAAAGAACGACGGCGCUCCUCCGACCCGUGGUUCGAGGAGCUGCCAUGGCCUAUCUCGCCAGAACACUUCUUCAACAUGACCUACAGCAAGGAGUAUCUAGAUGACACCGCGGCUUACGAUAUGUAUGCAUGGCCUCUAACAGGAGUGUUUCGCCCAAAGCACGUGUCUGGCUUGAAUAAAGUGCGCAUAAGUCAAAGAGGCCUGUUUAUGGCUGAAUGGCAAAAAGCUGUCAAACAACAGGAGUCGGGCCAGGCUGAUCCGCAGAAUCCGGUAUGGGAUGUCAGCCCUGACGCAACAUUAAAAUCAGCAGAGCAAGAUGACGAAGAAGUCGCAGAUCUGGGGGAAGAUGGUAUCUCACUUGCGGAAGAAGAUCAAGCUGCACCCUAUGAGCUCCGAUUUCUUCCUCGAGCAGAGCCUGUUAUAGGAUGGCGCACAGUGGAACUUACGGACGUAGGGGGUGGCCUACUUGAAGGUUCACUCGAGCUGGAACUCCCCAACGAGGCGGCUGCUCACGUCGUGAGAGCCUAUAGCACUGUGGUCGCCACCCCUCAACUACCACGUGCCGAGCAGGGUCGCACUGGGGUUGGGCUGUCUGUUAAGGAGGCUGACAGCGCGGCGGCAAACGCUUCUACAGGAACUCAGACAACAGGUGUGACGCUACAAGACGGUCAGGAACGUUCCGACACCGACCCUGCUGCAGAAGGGAGCCAUGCAGGGACUACGCUUAUGGUGGAUUCGCGGGAACAGAUAAUUCAUGUUCGAAAGUCUGUGGCUGUCCAUGGUUAUGCGCCGCCGUCUAUGCGUUUACAGGACGUCGCUAUGAUUGGCGUCACACUCGAUGGUGGCUCCAACAUGGUCGGGAAGGAGGUGGUGGUAACACUCGUAUCAACUACUCUUUUGACGCCGUUGACGUCGCUGACACCACGAACGCAACGGGUUCGCAUCGAUGGCCCCACACAAGUGGUGCUUUUUCCUGUUGCUGCGGACCGGCGGCUUGGCACAGCGAAAGCCAGCUUUGCUGUUUCCAUCGAGAUGGCCAACAAUCGCCUAACUCCGCUGAAAGGCUCUUUUUCAGACCUUUUGUCAUUGGCAUCUGUCUCGUCGUGGGGUGCGUCGUCUGAUCGCACCGAUACGUCGACCAGCGAUAGUCGGACCAAUGCCUCAUUUCCGGGAAGACGUUUCAAGCAACGGAACACUGUGAAGGUGACGAUCGAGGUGCUACCAAAUCUGCGCCGUGUAGCGGCGGCGUCGUUACUCCCGGUCCAAGCACUUAAUAUACCCCUUGAUGAUCCUCGGGUUGCAGCGCUGGGCAGGAAACCUCAGGGUGGGGUGCCGAUACCACGGGAGGUGGUCCCUGGACUGGGAGAAUUCCGGGUGUCGGCGGGAACAACGGGCUUGGCAGCAAUCCUCUACAAGCUACGCGAAGUUAUCCAGACCAAGCUCGUUGUGCACAAGGAAAGCUAUGGAAUUGACAGGCUUCAGCGACCCUACACUGGAAGUGACCUUUUGAUCAUCCUCUUCGGUGAAGCACUGAUGCGGAAAGCGUAUGGGUUUGAGGAUCUCGAAGUGAAUGGUGCUGCUGACCGUGCUCGGUUGCUUCUCCCUGGUUUCUACCCAGGAAGUAAAACUAACGGGUUCUUGUCGGGCCUUUCGGAUUCCCUGAAGGGAGCAAACGCACGCGUCAGCCUGACGUUGACGAUGCUGGCUGUGUUCGUGGGGGAUUUGGAUGUGGCAAAGUCACUCAAAUCUCGAAGGAAGAAAUUCGUCGCGGCGGUGAACCGAUAUAUCCGGCUUUUGGCGACCAGGUGGAACCAAGAGGGCAAGAAGGAAUUAACGCUUUUAGAAUACGUUGGCCCGUCUUUGAUCGGAACACUUCGUUUCGUCCUGGGGUCUGCUCACAAGUUUGGCCUCGAUCCCGAGCACGAGGAUGCGCUUUCAAUGGAUAGCUUACUACCACAUGCGGAGACAAUGAGAGCCGAUGCUUGCAACAAGCUUCCCGCCCGCAUUCUCUGGGCACUUGCUAUAAUGAAGAGAGAAGGUUCAGGAGCGGAGAUGCAUUCAGUCGCAUACAGAUGCGUCCGCGCCAUGCUUGCUCGCUUUCGGCGGUCGGGGAUCAGAGGCUACAUCGCACUAGAUGUUGGCACCGAUGAACCAACAACCAACACAGUGCACAGUCUGAUGCUUCUCUUGUUGACAUCAAGCCGAGAAUGGACGAGGCAGUACUCGGACGAAAUUCAACGCUUGAUGGUGUAUUUAUACGGAGGAGGCCGGAAGCCUCCACGAGUUUUUGCUGGGGCAGGCCUGUCUCGAUGGUCUCUCGCGCUGCUCUUCAUGGCCUUGGAGCAGUGGGACCGGCAGCUGCGGGGUUUGGGAGAGCAGAGCGUGAUGAUGGAGGUGCAAGCGCGUGAGCCCUCUGAAAUCGAUGGAGUUCCACUGAUAGAUGACUCAUUUGGCGCCGAUCGUAGGGGCCCGACAGAGCGAGUCAUUGGUUGGAAAGAGUUAGAGAAGAAGAUAGUCGAUCGGAGGGCGGAUAGGAGCGCAGACAGUGAUGUCCUUGCGCGUCCGACUGCGGCCCAUGUCGUUGUUUUGGCGAUAGGCAGAGGCAUGGCUUUCGUCUCGACAUUUUCUGACUUCGUGCCUAGCCGGCCUCUCCUAUAUCCAUCCUACGAGGGGUGCCUGGUUCAGAAAAGAUACCAUUUGUUUGACUCCCACCAAGGAUAUUGCAAAGAUCAACCCACUCUAGUGGUGAGGUCGGGAGAUCGGGUCUGCGUGUCUAUAACUGUGACUUUCAAGAGUCCGGCCAAACUAUUGACUGUUCGCGAUCUGCUACCAGCAGGCUUGGAACCGCUAGACGACGCUGCAGAGGGAUUUUUCUCCCAAAGUCUUAGUCUGAUGGAGCAUGAUCAGUCAAGCCAUAGUGAUGUGUCCACAACCUUUUUAGAAGGCCAGUGCAGGAAACGCAUUAGUGGCCAGUCGCUUGAGUGGGUUUGCCAGUCGCUGUGUCCUGGAACUCACAAUUUCGCAGUACUGGCGCUGGCAAAUAUCCCGGGUUUUUAUGCCGUUUCACUGGCAAAUGCAGUAGUUCAUGUAGCUUCCCGUCAUUCUCUCGCAGCUGGCCAGGCUGAACAUAUGAAUAUCCCACGUACUUUGCUGGGGACAAGCGGUGCCGCUGAGAAGGCGUUUGCGGUGCUCCCGUUGAACUACAGAUCAGAAGAUGAAUUUGGCAACAAAGGCGAAGAAAACCCUUUUACAGCGGCGGGAUUACCCACGGUACGUGUGUGUCUAUCAGCGCCUGCGCUAAUUGCUUCUUCUGGCAUUGGAUGA